CGGCCACGUGACGUCACCCUGAUGACACUCGUGUUUCACAAUAUAUAAUAAAAUUUUUUUCACGAGACACGAGCGUGUUCGAACAACCGGCCACAAAGAAAAAAAAAAAAUACCCCGAAAGGAGAUCACGACACGAAAUGAAGUCUAUAUUAAUCACUGGUUGCAAUCGUGGACUUGGUCUGGGUUUAGUGAAACACCUGGUAAAAUCGUCAAAACCACCGGAGAAUAUCUUCGCAACUUGCCGAGACGCGAGUAAAGCAAGGGAAUUGACUAUAUUGGCUGAGAAUUCGAAAAACGUUCAUAUCAUCGAGAUAGAUUUAGUCAAUACAAAAGACUAUAAUAAAAUAGUAAAAAUUGUGGGUGAAAAAGUGGGCAAUGCAGGAUUAAAUGUUUUGUUCAAUAAUGCCGGAGUUAGUCCAAAAUUUACAAGACUUAAUUUUGUAAAAAAGGAACAGCUUACAGAAACAUUUUUUGUAAACAGUGUAGCACCAAUUUUGUUAACAAAGACAGUUUUACCAUUAUUAAGAAUAGCAUCUGAUAAUUUUGCAAACAAAUCAGAAAUGAGUGUUAAUAGAUCUGCAGUUAUUAACAUGUCCUCAGUUCUUGGGAGUAUUACUGACAAUAAUCAAGGUGGAUAUUAUCCUUAUAGAUGUAGCAAGGCAGCACUUAAUGCGGCUACAAAGUCAAUGAGUAUUGAUUUAAAGGAGAAUGGAAUUCUUGUCACUUGUUUACAUCCUGGUUGGGUUCGUACUGAUAUGGGAGGGAACAAUGCACCCAUGGAUAUUGAUACUAGUGUUACUAAUAUCUUGACUACAUUAAAUUUAUUAACUCAAGAACAUACAGGUUGUUUUAUUCAAUAUGAUGGGAAAAUUUUACCUUGGUAAAUAAAAAUUUUAUACAGAUUUUACAGUUAAUCCUUAAUCAUUUACAUUUGAUACAAUUUAAAAAAUAUAUUUUUGAUGGUUUUUUAUUAAUUUAGUUGUUCAGUUUUUAUAUCAGAGAUAAAAAGUAAUCAUAUAAAUAUUAUUCUCCUUUUUUUAAGAUUAUGCAUAAUACAAACAUAAUUUAUUAUAUAAUAUGUUUACAAAAUAUCAUAAAUUUAAAACUUUAAAACAACUGAAUAGAACAAUUUAUAAACAACUUACAUUACAUAACAAAAUCUCAAAUAUUAUAUUUAACAUAUAAUGUUAAUUGAAAGUAUAUUCAAUUUAUAAUUUAAUUUAAUAUAAAGAUUUUAAGAUUCGUAAAUAUAAAAAGCCGGUUUGGUUUCAUUUGUUAUGAGAUAUUUGUUAUGAUGUAGAUCAAAGGUAUUAAAAAAGACAUUGAAUUUUGUUUCAUAUUCAGAUAUUUUUCUGUACAUAAUCCAUAACAUACAGAUAUUAAAAUAAUAAACAAGAAUUCAUAUAUACAGUUAUCAUACAAAAACGAUAAUAAUUGGCUAUAUAAUGAAACAUUUUUUUCUUUUUUGAUUCCUUUUUUUAAUGAAUGUAGGUCAUUUAAACAUUAUAUAUUUUAAGUACAAUUAUUCCUGAACAAAUGAAAAUGAUUAAGUGAUAAUUCCAUUAAAAUAUUUUUAUACUUUCUUAAAAACUUAUGUAAAUGUAAAAUCAAACAUUCAGAGUUGUAUUGUUUUAUUUGUAAGUGUCAAAGCAUAUUUUGUACAUUUCAUGGUGCUAUAACAUAACUUCAGGGAAUGCAAGUUUUCUAAAAUAUAAAAUUGCA